ACAGUCACAACAGGGGACAAUUAACAGACACGUGCAACUACACUAAAAGUCAUCGUCUGUUUCUAUGUUUUUGAUUGGCCGACUGUAGCAGAGAUGGAACGAGGAAGAGGGACUCUGAAGAUUCUGUUCCUGUUGACACUCUGUCUGCAAGCCUUCACUGGUCAAUGCCAAGAUGCAGGCCACCCCUCUGACCUGAGGAUAGUUCUGGUGGGGAAGACUGGAUCAGGGAAGAGUGCAACAGGAAACACCAUCCUGGGGAGAAAGAUGGGGGGGUUUAAAGUAGACUUCACCGCUGGGUCUGUCACUGAUCACUGUGAGAAACAGAGUGGAGUGGUGGAUGGGAGGAAGAUUAAUGUCAUCGACACCCCGGGGCUCUAUGACACAAAACGGUCUAAAGAAGAGAUGAAAAGUGAAAUAGAAAAGGCCAUCUACAUGUCCGUCCCAGGACCCCACGCCUUCCUGCUGGUGAUCAGACUGGGGAGGUUCACAGAGGAGGAGCAGAACACUGUGAAGUGGAUCCAGGAGAACUUUGGAGAAGAUGCCUCAAAGUACAUCAUCAUUCUGUUCACUGGUGGAGACCUGCUGGAAGACAAAUCAAUGGUGGACUUUCUGAAUACAAGUGAGGAGCUUAUGAAACUCGUCAAUGUCUUUAAGGACAGAAAUCAUGUCUUCGAUAAUAAAAAGAAGAAUGACAACACUCAGGUCACAGAGCUGCUGAAGAAGAUAGAUGAGAUGGUGAUGAAGAAUGGAGGACAACACUACACCAAUGAGAUGUACCAGGAGGCCCAGAUGAAGAUCGAAGAGGAGGAGGAGAGGAAGAAACAGGAGGAGAAGGAGAGAGAGGAGGAGGAGAUCAGAAAACUGGUAGAGAAGGCGAGAGAGGAGGAAAGGAAGAGACAGGAGGAGGAGAAGAGAAAGGAGGAGGCGAAGAAGAAACAGGAGGAGGAGAUCAGAAAACGGGAAGAGAAGGCGAGAAAGGUAAGGAAGAGACAGAAGGAGAUCAGGAAGAAGGAAGAGGAGAGACUGAAAAGGUUAAAGGACAUAUCAGGAAAACUUGUUGGACUGUUAGCAACUGGUGUCACAGCGCUGGUUUCAGGACCAGCAGCUAUUGCAGUUGGAGGUGCUGUACUUGCAAAAGAGGCAGUUGAAUAUGCAUUUGAUUUUUUCACAACAUUCUAAUUAAGCAAAUACGAGGAAGAGUUGGCAGUGUGAAGUAUCAAUCUCUUCCUCAUCUUAAUGUCAAGUAGUAGCAGUAGAGUAGAUUAUUACUGUAUAAUGACGACUAUCAGGGAUUGUUCAACACUUUAUAAUAUGAUCAGUUGUUUAACAUGUUUAUUACUACACUCCUUCCAUGGUCUGUGUUCUCCCUCUACCCUCCCUCUACCCUCCCUCCCUGGUCUGUGUUCUCCCUCUACCCUCUACCCUCCUCCCUGGUCUGUGUUCUCCCUCUAACCUUCCUCCCUGGUCUGUGUUCUCCC